AUGGCAGUACAUGAGGCGCUUGGGUUCGCCCGGCGAAUAGCGGGUAGCUUUGUAGACGGCAAAUCUCGAAUUGCGAUAGCGCUUCGCAAUGAAACAUACCUUCUCGAUUUUUUGGAGCAAGAUUUCGAAGGAUCAGAUUUAGAGGGCGCUAUAUGUCAUUUCAUCCUCACAGAGCUCCAGAACUACAGCAAUAUACACGCUGAGAAGAUACUUGGAGCCGCACUUUCCAAGUCUUUACAUGCGCACUGCCCAUCCCUCUGCCCACGUUUGUGGCUGGAGCUAGAUAUUAUAGCAAUUCUACUACAUGAGGAGCCAGGCGCAGAACAUAUAGUGGGCUCAGAAGCUGUCACACAUCUGAAAGGAAAGGGGAUCGAUGAGCAAGCUGAAUCUGUGUCCCGGAAGUGCAUCAGAUUUUUCGGUCCAAACAAACUGCCAUUUCUACAUGUGGAUUUUCUCGGAGCGGUAGAAGUUGAUUCUGGAUUUCAUAUCCACAUUGCAGAUCUUGAAUCAUUCUCAAAAACAGUGCGAUCAAAGACUUGGUCGGGAGUACAACAUUAUGUUGAGGACUUGACGCGUCGAAAGGUGAAGAUUGCUUUCUUCAGUGCGACACCCCAGGGUGGCGGCGUCGCGCUGAUGCGUCAUGCGCUCGUCCGAUUUUCACAUAUACUUGGUGUCGAUCUCAAAUGGUACGUGCCGAAACCACGACCGGGUGUCUUUCGUAUUACCAAAACAAAUCAUAACAUCCUCCAAGGAGUUGCUGAGCCGCAUGAGCGACUGGACCUGGACCAACAAGGAGUACUAAUGGAUUGGAUUGAAGACAAUGCGCGCAGAUAUUGGACGCGGAAGGGCGGUCCUCUAUGUCGAUCUUCUGAAGGCGGUGCUGAUAUUAUCAUUAUUGAUGACCCUCAGAUGCCUGCCCUAAUCCCUAUUGCGAAACAGGUAGACCCAAAAAGACCUGUGAUUUAUCGCAGCCAUAUUCAGAUGCGAAGUGAUCUAAUUUCGACUCCUGGGAGCCCUCAGUCGGAGGUAUGGGAUUUCCUGUGGGCUUAUAUUAAGCUCGCAGACAUUUUCAUCAGUCACCCAGUGGCUGCAUUCGUUCCUCACAAUGUUCCCAGGGAAACACUUGGCUACAUGCCGGCAUCUACGGACUGGCUAGAUGGAUUGAACAAAGAUAUGAGGGACUGGGAUUAUGCUUACUAUGGGCGUAUCUUCAACCAUGAUUGUCGAAACGCUGGUAUGCCGCCGAUCAACUAUCCGGAUGAUCAGUAUAUUGUUCAGAUAGCUCGAUUUGACCCGUCCAAAGGGAUCAUAGGUGUUUUGAAAUCGUACGCGGAGUUUCGACGCCUACUAGCCGAACACUCCCCCAACGUAAAGGCACCCAAGCUUCUGAUAUGCGGCCAUGGUUCAGUAGACGAUCCUGAUGGUUCUCUUGUCUACGAUGAUGUGCUCAAGUGGAUCAGGCAGAAUGCGUCUGCGCUGUCCGACGAUAUUACCGUCAUGCGUCUGGGUCCAUCUGAUCAGGUCCUGAAUACCUUGCUAUCUAAUGCAGCGAUUGUAUUACAACUAUCAGAGUGUGAAGGGUUUGAAGUGAAAGUUUCCGAGGCGAUCCACAAGGGCAAGCCUGUCAUUGCCACAAAAGCAGGCGGUAUUCCUCUCCAAGUUCAAGACCAGGUAAACGGAUUCUUAGUAGAAGUGGGCGACGUGCAGAGUGUAGCACAUCACUUGCUACGACUCUGGACUGAUUCCGACCUGUAUGGUCGGAUAUCUUCUUCCCGUUCUUCGUAUCGCGUUAGUGAUGAGGUUAGCACCGUUGGGCAAGCUCUCAAUUGGUUUUAUUUGUCCUCAUUAUUGACUCGAAAUAUGGGACUAAAACCCAAUGGGCGAUGGAUUCACGAUCUCGGACGCGAGUCUCUGGGACAAGUUUACACUAAAGCGGAGGGGAAAUUAAAGCGAGCUGUAGACGAAGCCGCUCUGUCCGUCUAA